AAUUGAUGACGGUGCGAUUGAAACGGGAAAAUCAACAGUCAUCGGCAGAAUUGAUCGGAAAUAGUUACGGUGCGAUUGAAAGUAUUAAACGCGUAUCACAAAAGAAGCACAAGAUAAAAAGUUCACUCCAUCAAAUUCUUGAAACUGCUGCCUCUCAAUGAAGACGGAUCAGCAGGAUAAGAUGGAUAGCAAAACGCGCCUGGAUGAGGGCCGUGACAUCCCACCGGCGCUGCGGAAGUUGCUCGAAUGGGAUGUCAUCGCUACCAAACGUUUCGUCAGCUUCAUGCUCAACUUCGUGCCGUUCCGCUCACUCCGGACCCACUGCAAAGUCCUGGAAUAUUCGUGCCAUGGCAUUGCCUGGCUGGCCGGAUGGUUGGCCUUCUGCUGGAUGAUCGACAAAUCCGACUGGUAUCAGAUGCAGGUCAACUUAUUCAUCGGUCUUCUAACGGACAUAGUCGUCGUUGCCGUCAUUAAAGCGGCCACCCGUCGGCGUCGCCCAGCUGUCAACGACGAUCCCUUCUGCAUCGGUCCGGACAAGUUUAGUUUCCCCUCGGGACACGUUUCGCGUGGUGUUUUCAUCGUAACCUUCCUGACCUGGCUCGACCCGGUAACAUUUGUCCUGUGGCCUCCGCUGUUGGCUUGGUGCGUCGCUCUGUGCCUGUCCCGUUUGCUGCUGUACCGUCACCACAUUCUGGAUGUCUUCGGAGGAAUAAUCGUUGGGUUGACAAAUGCUUUCUUGAUUUCUAUUCUUUGGCUAGACCAGGAGAGUUGCCAGUGGUUGAUCAGCUACAUGACCGAUGAGAAAAUAUCCGGUGCCGAAUAUGGCGUCUAGAAAAGUGACCAAAGAGAUAAGUCUAUUUGAUUUUGCUUUAUUGAACUGUGGUUUACGUUAAGAUUUGAAUUGUCUAAAAGAACGUUAAUAAAUAUUUUGUUUUUCUUUCUUUUCAUGAAAUAAGUAAGCCUAACUGCAA